GUUAGUGCUGUACUGUAUUCGAGCCAGCCAAUCACGGGCUUUCAAGUUCGCCAGCUAAGCGUUAGUUAAAGUCAAGCUGACUCUAAUCCGACGCCUCGAAGGCUGUCUUCAGCAGUCACGACUCGUGUGACGGGCGCUGUUAGCCCGGGGUUCACGGAACGCAAAUUCGACUCACGAAUCACGAUCGGUCACAGAUACUAGACGAAUAGUAGUUCUAAUCAGGUAUUUUGUGUAAUUGCGGUUUUGAGUUCCGAAUGGUCGCAAUGCUUCCUGAAGAUUCCGGAUUUGUUAGACGAUCCGUAGAAUCCGGAUCUUCAACCGGAAUGUCGACGACAAUCCGGACGUGCACCCUAGUACCGUGUGCCGCCCUGGUUGCGACGAAGCUGAUUUGCCGCUGGCGGGUUCCCCGCAGGUAUUUCCCCGCUGGCAGGAGGACCACGCUGACGCCCGGUUCCUGGCGAACUGACUGGACGUCCCUGACCUACGACGACCCUGACGUUCAUAAACUUUUCUCCCAACUUCAACCCACUCGUACCAGCUCAGACUUGGCCGAAUUUGGAGAGGAGCAUAAUCUCCCACCCUCACUUCGCCUUCUGCUAUGCCUGCCUACUAGAAAUAGUGCUUUGGUCUUUGGCAGCUCAGGUUGCAUCUGUUCUGCAGUCUGCCGUGGCUACUUUCCCAAACCAGGCCAGAGGUUAUAGCUAGUGUGUCUUGAGUCACCAUAGAUCGCCCAGCGACAGAGCAGUACUAAUCCCGCAACAGUAGUAGUGAUGGCGAAUCCCGCUAUCACGGUGGGAAACAGGACGUGUCCUCUAGUUGGCUUCCGCAGGAAACAGUUCGUCCCAGGGACGAUUUCUUCUGGGACAGGCUUGGGAUCUCGGCUUUUGGUUAUGAUGCCGGCCCGAGGUAGCCCCUGGGUAUCAUCGCUCUGGCACAUUGCGAAAGGAGCAUUCGCGGUUACCGCUUUCGCGCUCAUUACGUUCGCGCUGCUGAUGGUCUGGGUGUACAAAUUCUCGUCCGGCACGGGUCCCGAUGUUGCAGCAUUCCGCGAUUCGUUCGACUCGUGCGUCGGAGUGGGUCUCUUGUACAAGGGGAUGCACGCGAUGCCAUUUUUCCGCGGUAUUGGCUGCUCCGGUCUGGUGAAUGCAGCCGCGGUGCGCGGUAAAGCGGGCUUCGACAAGGGAAACGAGACUCGUUUCCGCAGCAUGACCAUUGGAGGUGACAGCAGCAGCAGCAGCGGCGGCGGCGGCGGCGGCGGCGGCGGCGGUGGCAGCAGCAGCAGCGAAUCGCAUGCUGCAGGAGGGUUGAAUCUGGGAGGGAAGAGCCGGAGAUUGCUGAAUUCAGGAGUGGCGAAUCCAGGGCGAGACGGUUGCCGGGUCGCGUAUGACUCCAGCGUGGAUCCUCGCGAUAUAAAGCCCACUUCGGCAUUCACCCACUCUGGCUGCCAAAUCGAAUGGAUCACUUUCUCCACUCGGUGCGGAAAAGGCGUUCAGCGCUUAGCUAAUUUCUGCAACCUGGUGGGAGUUCCAUUAGCAGUGCUCGGUUUGAACGAGACCUGGAAAGGACUAGGCGGCCGCGUGAGGUACUAUCGGGAGUAUCUAAGGACUCUACCGGGCGACCGGAUUGUGAUUGUAACGGAUGCUGAUGACGUCUUGCUCCUGCCCAAUCGCGAGCUAUGUGGUCCGGAUCAACUCGUUAAAGCGUUCCUCUCCCUUAACGCACCAGUCGUUUUUGGAGCCGAGAUUUUCGCAUAUCCAACAAGCAAGGUCAUUCCGUUUUACCCGCAGAAGCUCAGGCCUCCAUUUCCGAAUUUGCGCCUUAACGCGGGGACUUAUAUCGGGUACGCAUGGGCUUUAUUGGAGGUGAUAGACGCAACGUACACGGGUGACUGUAUGGAGGAUCAGCGACAGUUCAUUACAGGUUACUUGGCCCAGCCGUUUCUCUUCAGCACCCUCCCACGGACGCCUUACCCUGAAGCGGACUACCCUUCGAUACAGUCACUUCUUUCGCAGCAAACAAGCUCCCGUGCAAACGGAGCAGCAGCCAUUUCUGCUGCCCGAAAAUUCAAGGGUUUCCCGGCCCGUUACAGGACUCCGGCACCUGCUUCGCGCACUCUGAAAUAUCUGUGCACUCUGCCUGGGCGUUUGCAAGACCUUAUUCCAGAGGGAAUUACCCCCGGAAAGCUGGAAGAAGCCAGGCAAGCAGCACCGCCGCCAUUUAUCAAGCUAGACCACUACAAUGCCCUAAUAGAGCUCCUGGGAGGGCGGAAAUUCGAAGAGUUUGAAGUGCAGGGGACCGGCACAAAGAUCAAGGUGCAUUCGCGGGUGACAGGAGCGUACCCGUGUGUCUUCCACCAGUCUGGAAACAAGCUGAAGAGGGGGGUGAUGAAUGAGAUAGUGGAGAAUGGGACUCUGGAUGCCAUUGCAUUCGAAGGGAUGGUAGCAUAACACAGCAUUGCGUGAGUGGUGGUUAAGCACCAACUGAAGCGCAAUGCACGAAGUUUCCUUUUUAAUAUUACUACAUAUUGUGUGAAUAACCUGAAGCUGGGUUG